GUCAAAUAAAUGGCUUCGAAUUUACUUAUAGUACUAUUAGUUCUUCUGUGCUUGAUUUCAUUUUCCAGCUGCAAACUUGAAUUCGUUUCUGAGAUAUGUCGUCAUGGAGCCAGAGCUCCAGAAGGAGAUAACUUUGGCGUUCAUUACAAAAACGGAAAAGGCAUGCUUACUUCUUCUGGGUUCAGACAGCACUUAAUGAUAGGAGAUGAACUCAGAAAUAGGUAUGUGAAGGGCAUGCCUAAGUCACAGAAUCUUCUUAGUUCAAGGUUCGACCCUGAAGAAGUUUAUGUCAGGUCAACCCAGGUUGAACGAACUGUACAGAGUGCAUAUGCACAGUUGCUAGGCAUGUUCCCGCUAGGAACAGCUGAAGACUUAAGAUCAGACCAGAUUGAUGUAUCCACCCCUCCUCUUAAUGUGCAUGACUUGGAAGAUAUUAUAACAGAACUUGGAACAGAUGCUGUUCAAGACGGAAUGCAACCUGUCACUGUAAAGAACUAUGGAUUAUAUAUUGAUUCAUUAAUUGGGUACGGAGGAUGCCCAUAUAUUGUGAAUGAUUAUCUGAGAAGAAUUGAUGAUCCUCAAUUUUGGCAAGAUCAUGAUGAUUAUUUCAGACCACUUGUUUUUAAUCAAAUUGCCAAAGCAUUUAAUAUUGAUAUUGAUGACCUCUCAUUCAUGAAGAUUUAUAAAUACUCUGAUGCUCUCUUUGCUGAGAAUUUCGAAGGAGUUUCAGAUAGAUUUAACUUCACCUCUAAAGAAUGGGAAAUUGUUAAAUCAAUGCAAGUACCAAUAUUAAUUCAAAUGUUAUCUCCUUACUCAAGCCAAAUCUUGUCUUUAAGAUACUUAUUCCCAAUACUCGAAUUGAUGAAGUCUCGUAUGGGUCAGGACUACAACAAAGAGCUAUUGAAAAGUUUUGGAACCCCAAAAUUCCUUCUAUUCUCAUCUCAUGAUUACCAGCUUUCUCAUAUAAUGCAGCUCUUGAACCCUGAAAACUUUCAGCUAGAGCACGUAGAGUUUGCAUCAAUUUUGUUAUUUGAGCUGCAUAGAAGAGACACCAAAGCAUGUAGAGACUCUUCAGAAGAUGCUUGCUACUAUGUUAAAGCUAUUUUCAAUGACAUUCAACUCAAACUUCCUAGCUGCAGUUCUAUUGACUGCUCAUUCACUGAGUUCAAAGGAUACAUUGAGAGCUUUGGCAUGACCUACGACCAAAUGAUAGAAAUCUGCUUCUCUGAAGAACCUCUUGAAAGUGAUAAAUAUGAUGAAAAACUCAGAGUAUUGCAAUAA